UCUGAGCACCUGACGGAGGGGCGGGGAUCCGGGGUGACAGCUGAGAUACGGAACUGCGAAGCUUGGAGGAUUUUUUUUUUUCUUUUCGAAUUUUGGUUCUAGAAGUCUUCUGCUCUUGGCUGAAGGAUCUAGAAAUCGAAGACUUAUCCAGGGCUUCCGGGCUGAUCCCCGGAGUAGGGAGGAACUGACAGCUCUCACCUGAGCGAGUCGCUCCCAGCCUUCUGCGGGUGCAUCUCGGCCCCCUGCGCCGGUCAUGGCGAGAAUCUGGGUCUGCGUUGCCGGGGUGGUCUUCUUUCUCGCCUGUCUGGUGUUGCACUCGCACUUCUGUGGCCCUUCGGUUUUAAGGAAACUUCCUUUUCAAAAGUGGAGAACGGAGAAAAUGCUUUAUCGCUUGGAUUUGGGUUGGCCUAAAUUUUCAGAAUAUUUUACUGGCGUGACUUUUUGCGUUGCGGUUGAUUCCCUUAACGGGUUGGUUUAUGUGGCCCAAAGAGGGGAUAACAUGCCAAAAGUAUUAGUGUUCACAGAGGAUGGAUAUUUACUACGGUCUUGGAAUCACACAGUUGACACACCUCAUGGUAUGUUCGCAUCCAGUACAGCAGGUGAACAAUCCGUCUGGAUCACGGAUGUAGGAAGUGGAACCUAUGGCCAUACUGUUAAAAAAUACAAUUCAUUUGGUGAUCUAGUUCAAGUCUUGGGUACACCUGGCAAAAAAGGCACAGCUUUGAAUCCCCUGCAGUUUGAUAACCCCGCAGAACUAUAUGUGGAGGACACAGAAGAUAUUUACAUUGUGGAUGGGGAUGGAGGAUUGAAUAACAGAUUGAUUAAACUGUCCCAAAAUUUCAUGAUCCUUUGGCUGCAUGGAGAAAAUGGAACAGGACCUGCUAAGUUCAACAUUCCUCACAGUGUUACACUUGAUUCAGUUGGUCGGGUGUGGGUUGCUGACCGAGGAAAUAAAAGACUCCAGGUAUUCGAUAAAGACACUGGAGAGUGGUUAGGAGCAUGGAGUAGUUGUUUCACAGAAGAAGGCCCCUCUUCAGUCAGAUUUACUCCUGAUGGGAAGUACCUGAUUGUGGCCCAGCUGAAUCUCAGUAGGCUGUCCAUCCUGGAAGCCCCGCCCACAGGAAGCAUUGGGUCCUGUUCUGUGAUCAGCACUCUCCAGCUACCAGAUCAAGUUAUGCCACACCUCUUAGAAAUCGAUGGAAAGACUGGGGCAGUCUAUGUAGCAGAAAUUGGAGCAAAGCAAGUACAGAAGUUUGUCCCUUUGAAUGGUCAUGUUCCUGAGUUUAGUUAGUGCUCUUUGGGGUUUUUUUUUUUCCUCGAGAUGUGUGGCAGUUAAGAUUCUUGGAGUUGUUCUGUUUUUAAAAAUAAUGCUCAAGCACAAAAAUCUGUUUUUUUACCUGAUCUGGUACCAGAAAGAUUUGUUUUUAUGGCAUCAAGAGUCAUGUU